AUGGCGGACGUAUGGAUAUCUCGCAAGAGGUGGACGUGCAAGUACUGCGAUGUCACCAUCAACGACGACCUACCAUCGAGGCGGCAUCACGAAUCGGGAGGCAGACACAAGCAGAACGUGCGGCAGGCGCUAGAGGAGCUCUACCGCAAAGGCGAGCAAGAGCGGAAGGAUGCAGAAGACACAAAGAAGGAGAUGGCGCGAAUUGAAGUGCUCGCUGCCGAAAGUUAUGCCAAGGAUCAAGCUGGCGGAGUCGCUCCUGUUUCUUCCCUUCCGGCGUCGUCAGUCGCGUCCUCGUCCUCGAAGGCGACGCCCCCAGCGAGGCCGCACACCGGCCAGGCAGCCUCCGCUCGCGUCGCUCCAAGGAGAGCUCCCGAGCCAGCGAAAGAACCAACGCAGCCCGUCGCUCAACCAGGCGAGUGGGAGCAAGUGGUGCAACCGGCUCCGUCUGCGCCCACUUCGUACGCAACAGAGACUACGGAUCGGGACCGAGCGAGAUCUUUCCGCAUCAAGGAGAAAGCUGCUCGUAUAGAUGACAGUGAUGACGAUGCGGAGGCGAAUACCAUCAAGAUCAAGAAGAGGCCACGCGAUGUGUCCAAUACUGAAUCAGGACCAUCAAAGGUGCAGACGGCAGCCAAGAAGGAGGAGCCGGCUGAUUCGGUCGACCCUGUCAAGGCAGAGGAGAGCGCCUCAUCAGCGUUGCCAGCGGAUACAAGUUCUACGACGACGACGAUCUCCACCGUCAAGAAAGAAGAGACAGGUGAGAUGCCGGCAUCGCUAAAGGAGGAAGGAGACAACGGCGGGGGCGGUGGACUGUUCAAAAAGCGUAGAGCCGGCGCGGGUGCUGGAGCAAAGAGGGUCAGAGCCGUCAUCUAG